CCUGCUUGCUCCUCCAGCUGCCCCUUGGCAGGAUGGAGGUUCUGGAAUAUUUCCUGCUGCCACCACAGUGCUGGAUGUCACCUGCUGAUUUAUGGUGACUGCACCCAGGGCCAUUCCCUUCCUCAGGGCAGCUGGAUCUGCCUGACAGAUGUCGUGGAGCUCCUGGAAAAGUUUUCCAAACAGGAUUUUUAUCCAUGAAUGAUAAACACAGCAGGUUUCUCCUUUCCAGGAGUGGAGGGAGGCUGGAGGUUGGUGUGAAUUUGCCACAAAUGGGUUUGCUGGAGUCCAGAGUUUAUCUGAGUUUCCUUCCUGGAGAUUGGUUGGAUUGUUCCCAGAAGGGCAAAAGAGGCUGGAACCAGGGGCUUGUGCCAGUGGGAAUUGUGUCCAGCCGAGCCAGCUGUCCCAAAAGGCUCAGGAGAGAGCCAGGGCAGGGGUGAUGCUGCAGGAGAUAUUUAAUAUUUCAGCCCCAGCCCCCAUGCCAAGCCUGGGAGCGAUGGCAGCAGGCAGGAGCUGGGAAUGCUGCCCCUGGGCAAGUGUGGGAAAGGAUGGCAGAGUUCUCACCUGCUUUGUGUCUGCUUUUGUCUUCCAGCGGGGCUGAGUCCCUCUCCUCGGAUGAAAAAGAGGUGACGCCCAACGGGAUGGAGGGAUCGGGAUCGGGGUCGGCCGAGGAGCAGCCCGAGGGAGAAGCCAGCUCUGAAGACAGCUCCAGCAGCAGCUCAGAAGAGGAGUCAGAUGAAGAGCAGGAGGAGAAGGAAUCCCCACCUUACUGCAAUGACUCAGGAGAGAGCUUCUUGCCACCCUGUGAGCACUGCAGGAAUGAAAAUGACCAGAAGGAGCAAGUGACCCCCAGGAGACUUGCUGGAGGACAAUUUAUGGUGCAGCUGGAUGCAGAGGGCUCCUACCAGUGCAGCAUCACAGGGCUGAUUUUCGAGGUGACAGGUGCUGCCAGGAUCACCUAUUCCCUGUUAUCCUGGAGCAAGUAUGCCCAGCUGGUGGAGGAGCCCUGGAUCGUGGGGGGGCCCCUGUUCGACGUGCGCUGCUCGGCGCCCGCCCUGCUCAGCUCCCUGCAGUUCCCCCACUGCCUCUGCCUGCAGGAGCACGGGGCUGGCGUGGCCUUCAAGCUGCUGCACGUCAAGGAGAGCGGCGCGGCCAUCGAGCCCUCGGCCGAGUUCUCGGCCUCCCACGUCAAGUGGCUGGUGACCUCCCUGUCCCCCGUGGGCCCCCUGAUCCAGAGCCAGCAGCCCCUGCAGUACCACGGGGCUGUCAUCCUCUACAAAGCCAUUGAUGAGCACCCCUCGCUCUCCUUCUGGGUCUACCUGGCCACCAACAACGACUCCUUCAUCAAGGAUAUCUCAAAGGAAGUGAAACACUCGAAAAGGAAAUUUGUUAAAAUUGAAAAGCCUGCUGUAUGCCAGAAACUACUGCAGGAAGGAAAGAAGUACAGACUGAUCUGUGAGCCAGAAGCUGAAAUAACUCCUGUGGAGAUUGAAUUUGUUGAUGGGUCCCUCCUGAAACUGAAGAGUUACUUUGAGGUGUAUUUGGAGAAGCCUGAUGACUUCACCUUGUCCCUGGUGGAGCAGGACUCAGAUGAGACAGUCUGGAAAGCCAAACUCCGAGAGAGGGAUUGGAUCCAUUGUGGGCAGAACAUGAACGAGCAGAAGAGGAGCACGGCCAGUGUGAAAAAGAGGAAGCCAGCCCUCAGCAUCCUGGAGGAAGAGGAGCUCCAGUUCAAGAAGCAAAAAACGGGCAGCACUGCAGGUGGAAUGGCAGCAAGGUGCCUGACGGACCAGCAGCUGCUGGUGAUUGCCAGGCUCCUGGACCGGCGCUGGAGGGAAAUCGCCAUCGAGUGCCUGCAGGUGGAGAUGAAGGACAUCGAGGACAUCAGGGCCAUGGAGGAGGAGGUGAACAUGCAGAAAUUCCAGGUGCUGAGGAAGUGGAGAGACAGGGAGCAGGGCAGUGGAACUGCAGAGGCUCUGCAGAGGAGCCUUGGGGAAAAAGCCACCUACGAGAUCCUGCAGGCACUGCAAGGUUUCUCAGCUCAGAGCUGAGCCAAGGAAGGAGGAGGAGGAG